AAGAUUGAAUGCAUGGAAAAUGCAGGAGAAAGCGUGAGCAUUCCAACGACCCCAAGAUCGCCCCAAUCCGACCGAUGAUGCCGAAGUUACAAGAAUUCCAAGAUUGGAAGUUCUAAUGACAAAUGCUAUACCUCGGAUAUCUCAUGGGUCUUCUUAUAAUGGGGAUCUUGUGGUUAGAUGGUUGGGGAGGAAACUUUGACUUUUGGUUGGGGCAACGACCAGCAGUAACGUUUUGAUUCAGUUCUCACUCUAGAGUUAAUCUUUUCACCUGAUUUAAAUUUCAGAUGACUCUAGACUUAUAGGCGCGUCCUUCCACCGAGCAGAUUGGCGUUUGGUUGAGUUGAGGUUCUGCUUAAUUCGUGCAAAGUAGGCCGAUCCUAUCAACAAGUGGUAUCAGAGCCAGUACCUAUCUUUGCGACGACGAAUCAUGGUCGUUUCUCAACCAAUGUCUACGAGUAAGACCUGUUUCAAGUAGCUCAGGUUGCGAGCUUUCCAACGAGCCUAUUUUCAGGUCUUUAUGUAAAGGCUUGUGUUCGUGGCGGCGUUUCUUGUAAAGCUGAACAUUCUGCCAGAAUUCUGCCAGAUUCGGUCUGUUACGAUUGCUUCAUCCCUAGAGCUAGCAGAUGCCGAAUAGAGGCUCUGUAGGUGCUGAGGGCGAGAUGGCACGUGGAUUUGGAGAUAGGGAGCAAGGGGGAGCAUCUGGUGACGGUGCUGGAGCUUCACAAUCGAGGGGAGAAGCUCAACAGCCUUCACUACCCACGUUAUCUACCCCUUCUCCACCAUCCAACCCUACCGUGGAUCCUAUGAAGGCUUUCUCAAUUGAGAAGUUCAUAGGGGAGGGAUUUGAGCACUGGAGCUUUCGAAUGCGUCUCAUGUUUACUCAUUAUCAUCUGCUAGAGCUCGUGGAGGGAAGGGAGAAGAUGCCGGAGAACGCGGAUGCCCGUGGCUCAUGGAUAAAACGCUCGUUCGACACGUACAUGCUCUUGGUGCAAGCGGUUGGAGGGCGCCAGUUGGAUCACAUCAAGGAGCUUCUUGGAGAUCCCGAGUGUGGACCAAAGGCAUGGAAGAAGCUGCAAGAUAUCCACUCACCAACUCACGCGACCGCCAUUGUGCUAUUGGCGCGUCGAUUGCGCGACAUCAAAUUCGUGGAUGGAGAGCCAAUGCAACCGGUUUUGGAUGAGAUGCGGGAUAUCUUUUCCAAAUUGCAAGCGGGAGGCUUGGUCUACCCUGAGCUUGUGCAGUGUGUGGAGAUUGUCAUCAGAUUGCCGGAGUCUUGGUCUGCUCUUGCUAUCAACCUCAACUCUCAGCAAUCCCAGUGGAGCUUGGAGUACAUUCGUGCACGGAUCUUGGAGGAAGAUCUAUGGCGACAGAGUGUGGAUCGCUUGGGGGAUGCUGCUGGUUAUGGAGUUGGAGGAGGGAGGAGUGGCUUUAAGAAGUGGAAGGGCAAGAAGAAUGACAACUCUCAGGAGGAGAGUACUGGAGGUCAAGACAAGAGCCAAGGAGAUGUAUGCUUCUACUGCAAGAAGCGCAUUCAUCGCUGGAGAAAGUGCUAUCAACGGCCUAAGGACUGGACCCCACCUUCAUGGACCAAUCAGCAAGGAGGCAAAAGGAGUGGGGGAGUUAUGGGAGCUGGUGGAGAGGAGGAUGAGGAGGAGAAAGGCGGCAAUGUGGGUGAGCGGCGGCCCGGUUUCUUCUUCUUUGUGAAUGAGGGUGCUGCGGAUCCAGCAAUGGCUGCCAAGGUUCUUCUACAUCCGCUAUCUCAUUGGGUCAUUGAUUCUGGAAGCUCCUGGCACAUGACUCCUCGUGUGGAUCUGCUUGAUGAGAUUCAGCCAGCACCAAUCGCUACUGUCACAUCCGCUACAGGAGCCAAGGCUAAAGUGAUGGGCAUGGGUUGUGCCAUGUUUGUGGGUGCGGAUGGCGAGUUGGUGGUCUUGAAGGAGGUGCUUUGGGUACCAGAUUUGUGUGCGAAUCUGAUUUCUACCGGCCGUUUGGGAGAUGCGGGUGUGAACACUGAAACCAUCGGCUCAGAGCGCUAUCGUGCUUAUAAGGAGAGCCGACUCAUUUGGGAUCUGCAGCGUAAUGGGGGAGUCCACUGGCGCAUGUGGCAGAUUCCCGUGCUCCCAUGGCCUAAAGGGAAUGAGCCAGCAGCAGCAGCAGCAGUUGAAGGAGCCAUGGAUGAUGAAGAUCAUGAGGAUUGUGAUGAGGGGCUGAUUGCGGCGGCUGGAGCAAGUGCGGCUGUCAAGGCAUCGGCAACCUCUGGACAAGCCUCUUGGGAGACAUGGCAUAGACGUCUUGCACAUGUGGCUGUUUCUACAUUGGAGGUGAUGGCGAGAGAGCAGAGUGUGCAAGGGCUUCGUCUGCAUGGAGGCAAUGCUGAUUCUCGUGACUGCGAGGUGUGCAUGCAAAGUAAAUUUGCACGUUUUCCCUUUCAUAGAGUGGAUGGUUCUGCCAAGGCACCAUUGGAAGUGGUGCAUAUGGAUCUGGUGGGUCCGAUGCGGACUGAGGGCAUUGGUGGAGCCUUGUAUUUCCUAACGCUGGUGGAUGACUGGAGCAGAUUUACAUGGGCACGACCUUUGUCAAAGAAGAGUGAUGCGGCAGCAGCAAUCAAGGAGGAUUGGUUGCCAAUGGUUGAAAGGCAGUCGCAACGGUUGGUGAAGGUGCUGAGGAGUGAUCGUGGUGGCGAGUUCCUAGGAGCAGAUUUCACUGCUUGGCUCAAAAAGAAUGGCAUUCGACACCAACUGACCUGCCCUGGAACACCACAGCAAAAUGGCAUUGCUGAACGAGCCAACAGAACCAUUGGCGAGGCGGCCAAGGCAUUGUUGAGGGAUGGUGGACUUCCCUACAAGUUCUGGCCUGAAGCUGUUCGCCAAGUGGUGACCGUCAAAAACAGAGUCUUGACGCAUGUUGGCGAGCAGCAUUGGGUGCCCUAUGAGCGUUGGCUUGGGAAGAAGCCGCUUGUAGAUAUGCUGCGGGUGUGGGGCUGCAUGGGGCUUGUGAUGGUGCCAAAGGAGCAAAGGCACAAGCUUGAGGUUGCUGCAGUGUGGGCCGUCCAUCUUGGGAUGGCCCCUGACUCCAAAGGGUGGCUGAUGUGGGACCCGAGGAGUAAGAAGACCAUUGUGAGCCGCGACGUCAAGUUUGUGGAAAAUGUGAUGUACAAUGACUGGCAGCAGCAACAGCAAGUUCAGAUUGGACUGCGGCUGCAAGAGCUCCAGAGGUCAGCUGUGGAGGAGGUUCAGCCGCACCUUGAUGAUCGCCCUGGGUCAGAGCUGACCAGUGACCACAGUGGUGGUGUCGAGCAGCCCACUGUUGGAGAUGAGCCUGAGGAGGGGCUCGAGGAUGAGUCAACGCAUGUGGACUCACCAUUAGUGCCUAUGACUGCUCCACCAGCUAGGUUCACUAAGAGGAGUGCACAGCGAGGUGCGUCAACGCAAAUGCAGCAGAGUACAACUCAUGAGAAGAGGGCAGCAUCGCCACCUUCAAGGCUAGGGUAUAGCCGCUUGGGAGGACCUAAGCAAGGUGCGAUGGCGGUUCAGGCGGAUGAGAGUGAUGAUGAGGAGAGUGCUUUCUGCUUCUUCACCACUCUACCUAGUGAUCCAGCCACACUACAUGAGGCAUGGACUGGCCCUCUGAAGGCAAAAUGGAAGCCUUCAACUGAUGAGGAGUUCAACAGUCUCAUUGAGAAUGAGACAUGGGAUCUUGUGAAUCUACCAAAGGGGCGACGAGCCAUCGGCAAUAAGUGGGUCUUUAGGACUAAGACCGGAGCUGAUGGCGAAGUGGAGCGGUACAAGAGCCGUUUGGUUGCCAAAAGGUUUGAGCAGAAGGAGAAGGAGGAUUACAAGGAAGUGUUUGCACCUGUUGCUAAUACAGGAACCUUGAAGACCUUGCUGGCCAUUGCUGCUGUGAAAGGCUGGAGUGUGAAGCAGAUGGAUAUCAUCACUGCAUUCCUGAAUGGGGUGGUGGUGGAAGACAUAUAUAUGGAGCAGCCAGUUGGAUAUGAAGAUGGGACUGGCAGAGUGUGCAAGCUUAAGAAGGCAAUCUAUGGACUUAAGCAAGCUCCAAGGUGCUGGUAUGAGAAGCUAGCACAAGUUAUCCUUGCUAGAGGCUUCAACACCUCUCAAGCUGACCACAGCUUGUUUCUGCUUGGUGAGGGGGAGCAGCAGUUGUGCUUGCUCAUCUAUGUAGAUGACAUCUUGCUGUUCUCCCCAUCCAUGGAGCAGAUUGAGAGGACCCAAAAGCUGUUGAUGGACAGCUUCAAGUGCAAGAUGCUUGGGGAUGUGCAUUAUUACUUGGGGCUGCAGAUUGAGAGGGAUGUGGAAAAGAGGUGGCUGAAGAUGCACCAGCACAAGUACAUCUCUGGAGUGGUGCAGCAGUAUGGCAUUCUUGAGGGUCGUACUAUGAAGACACCUCUCCCUGCAGACUUCAAGCUGAGGAAGGCCACUGAAGACGAUGUGGUACUUGAGGAGGAGGAGAUGAAGGAGUACCAUUCUCUGAUCGGGAGUGUCAUGAAUGCAGCAGUGCAGACAAGACUCGAUGCUUCUUUUGGAGUGGGUCAGCUUUCGAGGGUUGUGCAACAACCCAUUGCACACUUGGAGGUUGCAAGGAGAAUGGAACGCUCCAAAGAAACAAAGUGAGAUCGCUCAGUCUCCAGCAGAGGCGGAAUAUAUGGCUUUGUACCAUGGAAUUAAGGAGAUCGUGUCCCUGCGGAAGCUGUUGGAAGAUAUUGGCGAGAAGCAGGAUGGCCCUACGCCACUAUUCAGUGACAGCAAGGGUGCUAUUGGGAUGGCCACUAAUCCGAUCCUAAAUGGCCUCUAUAAGCACAUGAAAAUCAAGUGGCACUGGGUGCGGCAGAUGAUGAAGGAAGGGGUUGUGGAACUUCACCAUGUGAAAGCAAGCAAGCAGGCGGCUGAUUUCCUAACGAAGCGUCUUCCUGAAGAUGCACACUGGAAGUGUGCUAAGAUGUGUGGAAUGGCAUUGCACUAGAUGCUCCAAUGCAUGAAUGUGAUGGCAUGGGCCUGGUUGGAUGAAAGAUCAUUUCCACAUGCAUGUGUGUGCAUUCCAUUAGUCUGAGGGGGAGUUUGUUAAUUGCACAUCAUCAUGAGUGCAUAUCAUCCUAAUGUCCUGCCGUAUGAUCGUCUCAUUCGUGCAUGCAUGUGUGCAUGAGCAUAUAUCACAUUGCUCGCCAUCUUGGAUAUUCUCAUCAUCAGGAUUUUCUCCCAAGAUUGAAUGCAUGGAAAAUGCAGGAGAAAGCGUGAGCAUUCCAACGACCCCAAGAUCGCCCCAAUCCGACCGAUGAUGCCGAAGUUACAAGAAUUCCAAGAUUGGAAGUUCUAAUAACAAAUGCUAUACCUCGGAUAUCUCAUGGGUCUUCUUAUAAUGGGGAUCUUGUGGUUAGAUGGUUGGGGAGGAAACUUUGACUUUUGGUUGGGGUGGCUUGGUUGCUACAAGCCAAAUUGUGCAAGUGUUGCAAAUGUUGCAACAUCUUGCCAAAUCCAAUCUCUUUGGAUUUGGCAUGUGUCCUCACAUGGGCAACUUGGAGAGGGGC